UUGCCACACUGCGGAGUUUGCAAAUUGCGACUGCGCCAAAAAAGUUUUGGUUUUUCAAGCUGCUGCCUGCGCUCGUCUCUCUGCGAUUGGCAAAACAACAACGCUCAAUCAAUAAAAACAUAAAAUUAGUGCGCAAGAAGCAUGCAUGCAGCAGCAGGAGCAGCACCAGCAACAACAACAACAAUUGGCACAACAGCAAUUAGUGUGAAGCACAAUUGAGCACCAGGAAACAGAGCUAAAAAAAAAAAAGAAAAAAAGUGUCCUACAGUGUCCUUGUUUUCGCUUACAAACACAAAUACACAAGAAAAAGUAACAAAAAAGAAACGUAAGUAAAAAAAGACGUUCAAAAUGUACAAAACCAUACGGCACGGCGAGAACAGCUUGCAGUACACGAUUUUACCGCAAAACGAUGAUUUCCGAAUUGAGGGCAAGCUGAGCAAUGCCAGCUGCCAGGCAGCAAACACAUCCUCCGUAACGUGCACGUCCUCCUCCAGCACAUCUAGUGGCGCCAAGCGCAGCUCGUCGGCGGUUCCGCCACGCAGACGUCGCACAUUCUUUGCGUAUUUGGGGCUGAUCUUUGUCUGCACGGUGAUCAUUGGGGCCGUGCUUAUACCGUUUCUGGUCUCCGCCGAAUGUUUGCCCAGUCCCACUGAAUGGUUCCUCAAAACGAAGGCAGCGUUCACGCACAGUGGCGACAGGCAGCAGUCACAUCUGGCAGCAGCAGCCACUGGAGCCAGGACAGCAACAGCUGCAGCUCCCGCUCCACCGGUGGCGGCCAUGUUGGGCCAGAAUGUGGGCAAAACUGUGCAGAUUGUAAAUCGCAAUGGCAUUGAGCAGUUCAUAUUAAAGGUCAACAAAACUAUGCCAGCCAGCAGCACUACAACAACUACAACUACGACUACAACUACAACAUCAACAACUACAACAGCACCAACAACAACUCCAACUCAGAGCAUGCAAACAACUGAACCAGUGGCACCCAUGAUCCCGGCCAGCACUGAGCGCCAAGGCUUCCCAAGGACAACCGUUGCCACCGCUGCCGUCGCCCCACCGCUUAACAAUCGUCAGAUGGCAGCCACCUUAACCACGCGCAUCAUACAAGUACCGCUGCUCAAGUCGGCAGCCAAAAAACCCAUCAUGCCGCCCGUGCUGGCCAAAACGCAGAGCACACAGCUUCAACAACAACAACAACAGCAGCAGCAACAGCAUGAACAACAGCAACAACAAUCAUCGAGCAAUACGGAUGUGGGUCAGAACAAAAGCAACAACAUUUGGAUGAAUACGCGUUGGGCCUACAUAGAUCCAUCCACCUAUGUCCAGUGGUCGGGCUACAAGGCUGAGGAUAGCGUGCUGUUGCCCGCACUACUCGGAUUUGCACUUAUCGGCAUGAUUUUAAUUAUAACUGUUUGCUUGGUGGCACGCAACAAGCGCACAAUUGUGUCCUCUGUGCGCAAGCGAAAUCGUAACGACAUUGAGGAGCAAGGCGCCGAGGAUAAUGCCACGCUGCUCACAACAACAAAUCUGUCCGACGAUGAUUAAUUUAAAUGUAUAUAAAAAAUGCAACAACAACAAAAAGAACAAAAAACAUAAACUUUAGUCGUGCGUGUGCCCCACUUUUUUCGCUUUUUGAUGUUUUA